CCUGUUAAUUCCCACCGACCCUUUUCGAUUUUCUGCAAAAUCCCUCUGAUCUUCAUACAAUCAUCGAACCAUACUUUUCUACGAAUGUGGGAUACGAUGCAAAUCGUCGAACACUUGGUCUGCUUCUUCUAAGUUGCCCACACAACCCAAAAACCCUCAACAAUGGCGACAUCUUUCGCUCUCAUCCCUUCAUCCUCUCUCAACUUCAUUCGAGACUCUUCAGCAUCUCCUUCAUCUCCAUCUUCAUCUUCUUCAUCUUUCUUCGGUGGUGGAACACUUUUGUUCACCCGUAGUACCAACAAUAAGAGCUGCGUUUCUUUCUCGUCGUCUUCGCAAUUCAACAAGAAGCUGUACGGUAAGCGGCGAGGCGGAGGAGUUUUGGUGUUCGCGGCUGCGGAUUAUUACUCGACUCUCGGAGUUCCAAAGUCCGCCACCGUUAAAGACAUUAAAGCUGCGUAUCGAAAGCUUGCUCGCCAGUAUCAUCCAGAUGUCAAUAAACAACCAGGAGCUACCGAAAAGUUUAAGGAGAUCAGUGCUGCCUAUGAGGUUCUAUCAGAUGACAAGAAACGAGCGAUGUAUGAUCGUUACGGUGAAGAUGGAGUUAAAAGCACAGUAGGGGGACAAGCUGGUGCUUAUGCGACAAAUCCAUUUGAUCUCUUUGAGACAUUCUUUGGAACUAGUAUGGGUGGUUUUGCUGGUGGUGACACGACUGGAUUUGGAGGACGACGUGCCACUACUGUUAUUAAAGGUGAAGAUAUACGAUACGACAUGAGAUUAGAGUUUUCAGCGGCCAUAUUUGGAACGGAAAAGGAAUUUGAACUAUCUCAUCUUGAAACAUGUGAUGUAUGCGCCGGAACUGGGGCAAAGAUAGGAUCUAAGAUGAGAAUAUGCUCCACUUGCGGUGGCAGAGGUCAAGUCAUGAGAACAGAGCAAACGCCUUUCGGUAUGUUUUCACAGGUUUCUGUAUGCCCAAAUUGUAACGGGAAUGGUGAAAUGAUAUCCGAGUAUUGCCGAAAGUGCUCAGGCGAAGGGCGUAUACGUGUGAAAAAAGAUAUAAAAGUCAAGAUUCCUCCUGGAGUGAGCAAAGGAAGUAUCCUAAGAGUUGCUGGAGAAGGUGAUGCUGGUCCAAAAGGAGGUCCUGCUGGGGAUCUGUAUGUGUAUCUUGAUGUUGAAGAAAUCCCAGAGAUUCAAAGAGAUGGAAUCAAUUUGAUUUCAUCCAUCUCCAUUUCUUAUCUUGAUGCUAUAUUGGGGACUGUUGCCAAGGUGAAGACAGUAGAAGGGAUGAGUGAGCUUCAGAUCCCUGCAGGUACUCAGCCUGGUGAUACUCUUGUUUUGGCAAGGAAAGGUGCUCCAAAAUUGAAUAGACCUUCUAUCCGUGGCGAUCAUUUAUUCACCAUUAAAGUUGCUAUACCGAAACGAAUCAGCAGUGGCCAAGAACGCGAGCUCCUCGAACAACUUGCUUCUCUCAAUAGCAACCCUCGAUCUCGCCCUAAACCUCCGCAACCCGCUAAAAUCACAGAAACUCAAGCGGAUCCUGUUACCAAGGAAAGUGAAGGUUCGGACGACCAAGAUGACCCAUUGAAGAAACUAACAGAUUUUGCCGGGUCCGUUGUAAAAGGAGUAACAAAUUGGUUCAAGGACAACUUCUAGAUCACAAUAUAUAUACUCUCGUAUCUUUCCGUCUAACGUAGCAGCGGGCAAAGAUUUUCUGCCCCUCCGAAAAGAUUGUUCUCCCCAGAUGCUGUCCAAGAAAUUGAAACAACUCCAAUUCUUUACAAGUUGAUUAAAUUGCUCUCUCCAGCAGUUUUGGUGGAAACUUAGAUUCAUCGUAUAUUUAAAACACUUGUAUUACAUGUAAGAAUUUUGCAUCGAUGAUAGCUUCGAUUAUUGGUCAAAAACAGAUCUGGUGAUUUACCUGAAUGGCCAUUUGAUGAAUUUGGUUUGAAACUUGAAUGUUAUUGAAAUUGAAAUUGGAAC